UGUGGCAAAUCCUUUGCACAGUCAGGGACCCUAAAACACCACCAACGUAUUCACACAGGAGAGAAACCGUACAGCUGUGAUCAAUGUGGCAAAGCCUUUGCACGGUCAGGGGCCUUAAAAUACCACCAACGUAUUCACACAGGAGAGAAACCAUACAGCUGUGAUCAAUGUGGCAAAGCUUUUGCAAAGCUAUGGACCUUAAAAACCCACCAACGUAUUCACACAGGAGAGAAACUGUACAGCUGUGAUCAAUGUGGCAAAGCCUUUGCACAGUCAGGGGUCUUAAAAAGCCACCAACGUAUUCACACAGGAGAGAAACCGUACAGCUGUGAUCAAUGUGGCAAAGCCUUUGCACGGUCAGGGGCCUUAGAAUGCCACCAACGUAUUCACACAGGAGAGAAGCCGUACUGGUGUGAACAAUGUGGAAGAUUGUUUGCCCAGUGCAGUCAUUUGAGAUCACACCAAUGCCAGCAUGCAGGAGAGAACCCGUACAGCUGUGACUAGUGUGAGAAAGCUUUUAUUGAACGGUAUGACCUAAAAAUCCACCAACAUGUUCACACCAGAGAGAACCCGUCCUGAUGUGACCAAUGUUGGUAGUGACAUUAAAACCCACAAAUGUGUUUACCCUGCAUUGUUUUGGACAUUUUCAGGGCCAGGCAAACAUCUUCCUACUGCUUCCUCCCCAUGCCCUGAUAGCUGUGUUGAUAUCUUACUUUUGUCUUUGAUUAUUUUUAUCUGUUUUUUUUAUUUCAACUGUAACCCCAUGUUGGACCACCAGAUUCCUCCCUGUAGGACUCCCAUGUGUGAGAGCUGAUGUAGAGGCAGAUAAUGUAUUGUUCUAUAUCAAAUGUGAAAAUAAUGUCAGUUGCAAAAGGUCUUAGAAACAGUUGACCAGAUGUCAGAUUUCACAAUAGGAAGGACUCCUUAUAAGAAGUUGUUUUUGAAUACUGUCGAGUUGUUGUACUUUGGAGUUACUGGGAAGGACUCAUUUUAAAGAGUUGUUUUUGUAAUGUUGAGUAAUUCUUGUACAAUCACAACCAACCUUCUACAACCAACAGAGAUAUGUCAACUACACAUUUGAGGUUCUUAAGCCUUAAGUCUGCAACUGCAUGAAACCAGUGCCCUGGCGUGAUAGAAUAGGCAAGCUUUACACUGGAUUUUAGCAGAAAUAAGGAGAGUAUGUAAAAUGUUCGGGACACUCUGUUGUACAUUUAUUUCGAAUAACACUUCGCCUGAUGGAACACUUUCUGUUGCUAUUUAAAGCCUUAAAAUCUGAAAUGACUGAAAAUGCUGGUAAGAGUGGAAGAAUCAAGUGGGAUGUGUUAGAGGAAAUUUUUGGAAAAUGGGGAGCCGUUUUGGCUAAAACAGGGAUAAUUGUACUGAUAGUACUAAUUCUGUUUUCCUUAUUGACAUGUUGCAUCAUGCCUAUCCUGACGAAAUGGUGUGAGAGAGCGAUGGACAAGAAGCUGAACCUUGUAAUGGGCAUACAAGGAGCACAAAUGCUAAGUAUGCUAACCCCUGAACCAUUGGUGUGCAGAGUCCUUCUGGCAUAGAGGGGGGAGGAAAUACCAGAUUUAUUCCCAAUUCCUGAUUACAUAGACAAAUUCAAAUGACGAGGAGGAACUGUGAGAGAGAGAGAGAUAAACAAUGGCUGAUACUCUCUCCUGGAAGAGAGGACGGGGAAUAUAUACACCACAACCACAUACAAGAUAUCACAUAAACAAGAGACUGUGAACAGCAUACUCCACCAAUACCACUUUUUCCUUCCCGAUACCGAUUCCGAUCCCUGAACCUUAGGUAUUUGCCAAUACCGAGUACCGAUCCGAUCCCAGCACGCAAUGUCUCAACUCCUAAACCUCUAUGUAAAAUAUUAAGAAAUAAAUACACAAUAGUAGAAUGAAUGCCAUGAAACUUUUUUUUAUUAUUGUGAUUUUAAAGACGACAGUAGAAUGCUUUUUAACUCCGCUCCGUUUCCAUUUCGUUUGCCUGUAGUGUGUGUAUGUGAAAUGACAUGAGGCAUUACGUGGUAUCGGAUUGGUCAUAGGCUGUACUCGCUGACACCUGAUACCGCAUUUUAGGCAGUAUCAGAGGCAUUUCCGAUACUGGUAUCGGUAUCGGUACAACUCUAGUUUUUCGCCUCCAUCAGUUGAAGUGUUGAUGGAUGCUAAAAAUACACACACACUCACACAAACGAACAGACGCCCACUCACUCAGAUAGCAUAAAGGUUUCUGGAAGUUGUAUGAGCAGGGCUGUUUCUGCUGUGUCCGCUGUUGACUACGACCUGUAUUGUUGAGUUGUACUUUGCAAUUAAAGUAAUCUC